UUUUCAAACCAAUGGUCUGGAGCAUUACUUGGAAACUGUUGGAAGUUCCAUAAUGAAAUCAUGACUGCUCUCUUGAACGAAGAAACGCUUAAACAAGAUCUGGGAAAAUUUCCAUCAACCUUUGAUUUUGAUUCGACGAAUCUGACCAAGGACGGUGUAAAGAGUACCAUAAGGAAAUUAGAGGAUGACCGGAAACACACAAGAAAGCUUGAUACUGAAGAUAUACAGAUAAAUAAUUUUCUGUCGUAUCUGUAUUUCGUGUUGGGAAACUAUAAACAUGCGGAUGCAUAUAUUGAGGAAUCUCUGCAAAAAGAUCCUGAAAAUAUCACAGCAAACGCAAAUAAAGCCAGAUUUCUAUUAGAAACUGGGAAAAUUUCUGAUGUUGAAGAUAUAAUAAUAAAACUUCAAAAAUUGGAGAGAAGAGAAGAUUACUACAAGAGGAAAUGCUAUGCGGAAGCGGAUCUUGCGUACGCCUACGCACGGUCAGGUCCUUGGUACCACCAAAAGGCAGUAGAUCUGUACACCCGGGUUCUGGAGGCAUAUCCUACAGAAUACGCAUGGAAAUUCGGACUUGGUUUGGCUUUAUUCAGACAGACUCACCGGUUUAUUUCACAGACAAACGCCAAAUUAAAUCCGAGAGAAAACGAAAAGACAGCAGUACAUUCUGCUGAGCUGUUUCUAACUGUUGCUACGGAAUCAGAUGAUCCCAAUUUACGUGCAAAUGCAUAUGCCAGAUUAGGAAGAGCUGUUUUCAAUAUUUCAAAAAACAACUACACAAACGUGCCUGAUGAAAUUAUGCGUUUACAGCCUAAAGAGUAUUUUGAAAAAGCGGUAGAAAUUUGUCCUGAGGAACCAUCGGUGUUAGAAACGUGUGGCCAAUAUGCACGCUACAGAGGGGAACUAGAUACAUCGGAAAAAUUGUUACGGAAAUCUCUUCAAAUCAAGCCGACGUGUCAAGCGUAUCAUCAUCUUGCCUUGACAUUAAAGAGGCGAGUAGAAAUCAGUCGUUCGGAUGCCCAUAACAAAGGCGCCUAUAACUUCAGUUUGGGUGCUAACGGCGACAGACGUGGAGGAAGAUACAAAUCAGGUUCUGGACAGAAAGCGAGUCAAAAUGUUCAGGGAGGGUACGGUCGAUAUGGAAGUUCAUGCAAACGCGACAGCCAGAAUGGAAAUAGGCGACAAAAAGGACCAUCUAGAGAAUGCAUGUCUGACAAGUCAGAAAGGACAAGAAGAAACCUUCGUCAAAUGAUUAAGUCACCGUUGAAAGUUCCNGUUUACCCUGGAAACAAACACCUUUCUGAAGCCAUGGAACUACUGGAGAAAGCAGAAGAACUGUCUGAAUAUGCUCUGAAUAAACAGUACGACAAGGGCAUGAUAUGUAGAAUGCUAGGCCAAAUUGAAAAAGCUGUGGAAGUUUUCAAAAACAUAGUCACCAAAAAGAAACAUUAUCCAACCGAAUUUCUGAUGACAAAUGUUUAUGAACAGCUGGGACUGUGUCUGCUAGAAUUUAGUAAAUCCGUAGAUAUCUCUCCAGACAUUCAGCAGAAAUACAAGAAAGAUGGCCAAGCCAAUCUCCUACAUGCUGUCCAACUCCAAUCGGAGACGGUUGCAAACGAUCCACAGUUCAAAGAAGCAUGGAACGCCUAUCCAACACUCAAAGAGCUCUUCAGCGAUGAAAGAAACAAGUAGCCAAAACAAUUGGCAGUUUUGCACAUGCUCAUGGGGGAUCAUAGAGAUGCAAUCUCCAUAUACGAGGAAUUACUUUUGAAGGAGAAAGAUGAAAUUAACCAAGAGGAUUAUAUUAACUUGCUUGAAUGCUAUAAGAGAGAUGGACAGUUUGAAAAAUGUGUUGUUGUUUUAAAAUCUUUGGAGUGUACAACUAUUUUUUUGGGUCUUCCUCCGUCUUUGAUCUUUGAUGUGUAUAUAGAUUGUGCGUUUCACGUUUACACAACGGAUAACGCACAACUUGCGUACCAACACUUUAGACGCGCCUUCAGAGUGUACGGUAUGUUUGACAAGAUCAAUGAAGACGCAAUCAACGUUGACGAAGACGAGGCCACAAAAGACAUACUGAUAUUACACUCUUGUUCCCAUGACUCGGAAUGCAAACUUCCCAGGAAUCUAGGAACCAUUCUAGAAGAUGUUACAGGAUUACGAUACACAAUCAACUCAGACGACGUGCUGCCAAAUGAAUUACUAUUGACAUCAACGGCUUCUAUAAUACAGAAAAUCCCAUGUAUCAU